AUGAAACCAACAAAUUCUAAAUAUGUACGUAAAAUACCCCCUAUAACUAUCAGGAAAAAUAAAAUAAUACUCACAGGUGCCGACAGCUCUGAACCAUCAACUCCCAACUCCGACAACGAAUUUAGAUCACCAAGACAUACGUCAAAAGCCUUCGAACUGCCGACUAGAAGCCCCAUCAAGCCCACAACAAAUCGAUACUCUAUACUAGCCGAAGACACCGUAAUUAACGAUCAAGUAAUGGCCAACUGCAACAACGAUAACUCACACAGUUCACAAACAGAAAAUCAAAACAAUUACAAUAUCGAAUCACAAACAAAUGAUAGCGCUCCUAAAAUACCACCGCUGUGCUAA